CCCACCAAAUAGCAGGUUCAAACCGGUCCGAUCCACAUAUCUUCUUCUGAUGGUAAAAGUGCACACCUCCUACAUUCCCUAAUACCUAUUUGACUUGUUUCUUAUUUGGAGUCGUGAUAUAGAUCAAAGAAAAGGGAUUCAAGUACGACCAGAAACAUUUCCAAAAUGUCCCUCACGGACUCCACGGCAACAGAGAUCGCUAAGACUGCGUCUAUUGCCUCUCGCCUCCUCGCAACCCUUGCGGGAGCCGAGCGGAAUGACGCACUGACAGCGCUCCACGAAGCCAUCUUGAACAGCCGGGAUGAUAUACUAGCAGCAAAUUCGAGAGAUGUCGCCGCCGCUGAGCGCGCAGUUGAAGCCGGUAUACUGAAUCAGAGUGUCCUCAAAAGGCUCGACCUGUCGCGACCAGGGAAGUUUGAGGACAUGCUACAGGGUAUCUUAAGUGUGAGAGAUUUGAAGGAUCCAGUUGGAAAUGUUACUCUAAGGACACUGCUGGAUGAUGGCUUGACCCUUGAAAAGGUCAGCUGUCCUAUCGGGGUGUUAUUGAUCAUUUUCGAGGCUCGCCCUGAGGUCAUUGCCAACAUUGCUGCUCUUGCAAUUAAGUCUGGCAAUGCCGCUAUUUUGAAAGCAGGCGGCAAGGAGUCCAAUGAGUCAUUUAUCACAAUAUCGAAGGUAAUUUCGGAGGCUAUCGCACGCACUCAGGUCCCGAAGUCUUCUAUUCAGUUGGUGCAGACAAGAGAGGCUGUCUCUUCUCUGCUCGCUGAAAAUACCUACAUCGACCUAGUCAUCCCGCGGGGCUCCAAAGAUCUCGUCCGUUUUGUCCAGGAGAAUACCAAGAUCCCUGUUCUUGGUCACGCUGACGGUAUUUGCUCGUCAUAUAUACAUCUGGAUGCAGAUCUUGAUAUAGCUGUGAAAGUCAUCGUGGACUCCAAAACCGAUUACCCGGCAGCUUGCAACUCCCUAGAAACAUUACUUGUCCAUGAGGAGGUACUCGAGAGUAUAUUACCUGCUGUUGCCGAAGCUCUCCUGGCUAAAGGAGUAGCGCUUCGGUGUGAUCAGCCUUCAAAAGUGGCGCUCCUGAGCAGAAUUGCUGCUACACAGCGACCUUUGAUCCAGGAUGCUAUCGAGUCUGAUUACGAGACCGAGUUCCUGGACCUUGUUCUGGCUGUAAAGACAGUACCUCGUGACAGUGCGAACCGAACAAGCCUCGACUUUGCGAUUGAUCAUAUCAACACCCACUCGUCAAAACACACCGACAUGAUAAUCACGAGAUCGAGAACGGCUGCCGAACGAUUCAUGAAUAGCGUUGAUAGCGCAGGGGUUUUCUGGAACGCAUCCACGCGAUUUGCGGAUGGCAUGCGAUACGGUUUCGGCACGGAAGUUGGAAUCAGCACAAAUAAGAUCCAUUCGAGAGGACCUGUCGGCUUAGAUGGAUUGACAAUCUAUAAGUAUAAGGUCCGGGGACAGGGUCAAAUGGCGUGGGAUUAUUCCGCAGGGGGCGGCGGUCGAGGAUGGAGACACGAGGCUCUACCAUUGUGA